AUGAAGCUUGAUUGGCAUGCGGCUGUGUUUCUCUUGGGGACCGCAAGGGCCCGGGAGAUGUCAGACCUUGAGGCGCUUUACAGAGAGGGAUUGACACCGGAUACCGCGAUCAUUAACGGAGCGGAGGUUGCGACACUCUCACAACCUCUUCCACAAGGCCGUGAGAUAGACCGCGCCAACUGGACCGCCAACUGUACUACCGUCACGAGCGGCCACAACUGCAGCCAAGCCUUCGAUGGCGACAGUAACACCUAUUGGCAAAGCGACAGUUCCGGCAACUCCCAGAGUAUCACGAUUGACUUGGGAACGCAGAAAUACGCCGUGAGUGGCCUGACUAUGGUUCCCAGGCAGGAUGAGGCUACUGGUCUCAUUGAGCAGCAUCAAAUCUUUUUGAGUGUUGACAAUGAAACUUGGGACUUGGUUGCGUAUGGAACCUGGUGGCCGGAUCAAAGCCAGAAGCUCUCGGCGUUCCAACCGAAAAAGGUCCAAUAUGUUCGAUUGACGGCCCCUGCGCCAAAUGGAAUUGCCAUCGCGGAUAUCAGAGUGUACGAAAGCGAAUUCAUUGCCCCUAAUGCUUCUCUGGGUGCCUGGGGCCCUACGAUUGACCUUCCACUGGUUCCAGUCUCCGGUGCUGUCGAUGCGAACUCUGGCGAGGUUGUCGCCUGGUCCUCGUGGGGCUAUAAGAUCUUCACCGGCGGCAAAGGAGGAAAGACACAAACCGCUACCUGGAAUGGCAAGGCAAAGUCGGUGACCCGUCGCAGUGUCACUAAUACCCAACAUGACAUGUUUUGUCCUGGUAUUUCAAUGGAUGCGGACGGAAAGUUUGUCGUGACUGGAGGAAACGAUGGAAGCGAGACCAGCAUAUACAAUACCACCGUUCGUGACUGGUUCAAGGGAGGGGUCUUGUAUGAGUUCCGCGGUUAUCAAGCAUCUACGAUCUUGUCUGAUGGGCGUAUCUUCUUGAUUGGAGGAUCGUUCCAGGGAGGUGUUGGCAUUAAGAACGGGGAGGUCUACGAUACUAAAACCGACACUUGGUCUAAGCUUGACAAUGCACUCUCAUCAGCAAUGCUCACUCAAGACCAACGAACAUACAGACAAGACAACCACGGCUGGCUAUUUGGAUGGACCAAUGGCUCCGUUUUCCAGGCCGGUCCCAGUGUGCAAAUGAACUGGUUCGGCACAUCAGCGAACGGCAGCACUUCUCCUGCCGGGAAUAGGACCGGUGAUGCAGACGCUAUGUGUGGUAAUGCGGUUAUGUAUGACCAAGGUAAAAUCCUUACCUUUGGCGGUUCCCCAUGGUACGAGACUCGUGAGGCCACCAACAACGCUGCCAUCAUCACCAUUGACAAAGUCAACCAAAGCGCCUCUGUCCUUCCAAACGCAGGUGGUGGGAUGAACUACAAGCGCACUUUCCACACGUCUGUCGUUCUCCCGGAUGGCUCGGUGUUUGUUCAUGGUGGCCAGGUUGUCGGACUUCCAUUCAAUGAAAGCCAGCCUCACAUGACCCCGGAGCUGUUUAUUCCCAAUACCAAGGCUGCGAACGGAGGUACCUGGGUUAAACAGCAGAAAAACUCCAUUGUCCGAGUGUAUCACAGCAUCUCUCUCCUGCUUCAAGAUGGUACUGUUUUCACUGGUGGUGGUGGUCUAUGCGGAGAUUGUGACGCCAAUCAUUUCGACGGUCAAAUCUACACACCUGCCUAUCUGCUGAAACCCGAUGGAUCCCUCCGUGACCGUCCCAAUAUCAAGACCGUGACAUCAGGCCCGAUUCAGCCUGGUGGCUCUGUCGAGGUCACCACCGAUGGCCCUGUCGAUUCUCAGGCGUCGAUCAUCCGCUAUAGCUCCAACACGCACACAGUGGAUACCGACCAACGACGGAUCGCGGUUCAAUUGACAAAAUCUGGGGAGAACAAGUACACGUUCAAUAUCCCUGCUGAGCCAGGAAUUGCUCUGCCCGGCUAUUACAUGCUUUUCGUCCUGAAAGACGGAACACCCAGCCACUCGGUCAAUGUCAAAGUGGCUGCUGCUUAA